CUUACUGUUUUGGCAUAUGAGUAUUAUCAGGCUGCUUGAGUUCUGGAAGAGUUAGUGGGCAGGUGCUCCAAUUCACUGUAGCUGUAAUAAGGGUAAUGUCACUUUAAGACAUGUGAUACUUUACGGAGAAGGAAGGGAUGCAUUGAAACAGACUGCUGCUACUUACAGCACUGUAUAGCUGCCCAGCUCCUACAUUUUGCUGCCUUACUCUGCCCCGAAUGCAUUGGAGAGGGGAUAGUCCAUCAUUAACUAUAAACUGACUCUCAUCAGGAAACUGCACAUUAUCUCAUCAUCACUUCAAAGGUCUCAUCAGGCAGAGGCGAUGCCAGGGGAUGAUUUAAAGGUGAAAAUGACAAGGUUUCCACCCCUCAAACCUUGGCUCCUUUUUUGACAAUACAGUCUGAAUGAACCCAAUGUCUCUUUUAUUGUGGAAAUAGCAUCGGAAGAGGAAAACAUAUUUUUCAAUCCUGAUAAAGAAGAUUAUUGGGAAGCUCUCUUUAAAAAAUCUUGAAUUGUGGCACAGAUGGAUUUUAGAAAGUGUUAGAGCUAACCAAUGAACACUAAUAGAGUACUCUGCUCUUGGCUGGAUUUUUCAGAGAAUAGCAAUGGUCUCUGCAAUGUCCUGGGUCCUGUAUUUGUGGAUAAGUGCUUGUGCAAUGCUGCUCUGCCAUGGAGCCCUUCAGCACACUUUUCAGCAAUACCACCUGCACAGACCAGAAGGAGGGACAUGUGAAGUGAUAGCAGCGCACAGAUGUUGUAAUAAGAACCGCAUUGAGGAGCGGUCACAAACAGUCAAGUGCUCCUGUUUACCUGGGAAAGUGGCCGGAACAACCAGAAACCGGCCUUCUUGUGUCGAUGCCUCCAUCGUGAUUGGGAAAUGGUGGUGUGAGAUGGAGCCUUGUCUUGAAGGAGAAGAAUGUAAGACACUCCCUGAUAAUUCUGGAUGGAUGUGUGCUACAGGCAAUAAAAUUAAGACCACAAGAAUCCACCCAAGAACCUAACAGAAGCAUUUGUUGUAGUAAUACAGGAAAAUCAACUCUGCGGAAAAUACAUUUUAAGAAUGUAAAACAUCUAACACAUUACAAGCCAAAUGGAUUUAUUUGCACUUUGACUCGUUACCAGAUAAUCACAGUACUUUAACUGUAUGUCAUGAAAUAUCCUAUAGUGGGAAGACCAGAGUUUUUGACCAACAUCAUGGAAAUUGGGUUUUUAAAAAGAAUUUUCUCAGUGAAAAUUUUGGGGAUUAUGAAGAAUGAUCAACUGUCUUCUAUCCAAUCUGGAUCUAUAGUUACUUUGUACUAUUUGAAAUAUAUGUAUAUAUAUUUUGAAAUAUUAUAUAUUCUCUUCAAGAUAUGAACUACCACAGUUUGAGGCACCUGGUGUAUCUCUUUGAUUUUUGGAUGCUUCGUUUUGUUUCUUUUUGUCAUCAUUUUUUUUCUAUUGGCGAGGAAGAUGUGUCCCUUUGAGAGUUCAGUGGGGCACUUGCACUGGAAAGCCAGCUACAGGUGGACUCCUGGAAUUUGAGGCAUCAUAAUGCUGAAUCAAGAGCUUCCUUCUGUGUCUACAACAUGCCCAAGGAAGCAAGUGACCUGUUUUAUUGCUUUCUGCCCUGUGCAAUAUUAGCAUGCAAGCUUGGCUUACAUAACCAUACUUUAUAGUCAAUUGAUAUAUUAUAACUGUUUUAACCUCUUCCAGGAAAAUAUUUUUAGAACUACUAGCUUGUACACAAAAAAGAAAGAGAGGAUGUUGGAGGGAGCUGCUCCGCCAUUCUGUUAAGACUCUGGCAGAGUUGUGGUAGAAUAUGGAUCCCUGUAUUAAUAAGUCCUGUAAAUACAAUGUCUUUAGGCUUUGUAUAACUGUCCUAGACUGCAGAAAUGCCCUCUGAUUAAGGCCAAAGUCUGGCAUCAUUAAGUACUUAGUACUGUAGCAGCAAGUCUUAUCAUACCAUCUUUUUCUAUUUUGAUUUGUUUUUUUCUAAGACUAUUCAGAUCUCUUCUGGUAAAGUAGGAAGACCAUUAAAGCACCUGGGUUUCGGAAUAAUCUAUGUGACCAAAUGUUGGAUGACCCUAUUAAAGUGUUAAAUAACUUCUUUCUAAACUUACUUGUCCUCUUUGUUUGCCAUUUAUUUUUCCUGAGUCCAUUUUAAGCUAAAUCAAGAGAACACCCACUUAGAGAUUUGAAGUCAGUCAAAGUUUUUAAAUGAAAUCUUUGUUGCCAUUACAGCCGCACUUUCCGACCCUGAUAUUGGGAAACUCAGAAACCCAUUAUUAUAACUGCAGGGUACUCAACCAGCAAGACGAAAGUCAAAUAUCAUUUUAGGGCUUUCACAGUGAGCACUUGGAUGAUACAUAUGGGGCACACAUCCCAAGAAGUACUUAUUGCCCAUCUUCUCAAGCUGAUACUUAUAUGAGGGAAAUACCUACUUAAGUUCUAGUUUAACUGGAGAUAGAAUAAUAGUACUAUAUGCUCCAAUUACUUAUCAUAUUGCAAUUAUGUCUAUUUUUUUCUCCAAAGCCUUUUUCUUCUGAAAUACAUAUUGUUAGGGCCUCUUACUAGAUGAGCAUCACAGUGAGUCCUUAGUCUGGACAUUUUAAUGUUAAGCCUCAGGUAAAAUCCAAAAGCUUCUUCAUCUCUACUAUGUAGAUUGAGAUCUCUACUAUGUAGAUUGAGGUCUCAUUGAAUGUGUGAACACUCCAACUAGAUAGAUAGAUUCUACAUUUUGAAUGGUUACAAAACCAUCCAGAAAUGGAAAUAGAAUCCUCUUUGCAACAUUUAGGCUCCCUAAAUAUUUUCACAGUUAUUUGUUAUAAAGUAGCAUAAAAUUUAUACCAGAAAGUAAAAAUUACUUGAAUUCAUGGUCCAUAGCCAACUACCAAGUAAUAUAUUAGAAAUUCCCUUUCAUGUGUACACUUUUGAGUAAAAAUUGUAAUUAAAAAUUCAAAGACUUAUCUAGAAUAGUACAUUCCAAAAUACACUUGGGAACAACUUUUAAACAAAAUAAAAUAGAUAUAUUUACUGAGGGAAUUUCUGGAGGCUUUAAUACACCAAAAGAUACUGUGUAUCUUCUAGAAAGACUAGAACAGUGGGAGCUAAGUAAAAAUCUGCCAGAAUCCAGGCAUGUUGGGUAGUCAUUUGACUAAUGGAGAGCUCAUUUUUGGCCUAAUUAGAAGCUACAAGAAAUUAUUUCUGUGUGAAGAUAUAGUAACUGUAUUAACAUAUCUUUAAUUUUUCAAGGGAACCACAAAUGUGAAAUUUUACAUAAAACCAGAUAAUAUUCUUAAAUAUGAUAACUAAAAUAAGAUUAGUUCCAUUAAAAAGUUCUGCAACAUUAUUAUUGCUCCAAAUUGCUUGAUCACAUGGCCUUUUCUAUGAGAUUAGUGUUUUUUGGAAUACAUUUUUAAAAGUGUUGGUCUUGAAUGAAAAAAGCCAAUGAGAAGAAAAAGAAUAUUCUCUAUUCUAUGGCCUCAUACAUACAGAUCCUUUUCAUAAUUUAAAAUAUGUGGAGGUGCAACUUUUUCUACUCUGUAACCAGAGCCUAUAAGUCAGUGAAAAAGCUAGUCUAGAAGUUGAGGUCUGUUAGUUCAUUUCUUAUUGGUCACUUAAUGCAACAGACUCCCUUGGAGAGACCUGGAAGAAGAGAGGAGCA